AUGAACGAUAAGUAUAGUGACCUUCCGGAUAUAGAGGAAGGACCUCUGGUGUUCGAGACGUCUGAUAUCGACAGCGAUGUAGAACCAAUUGUCUCGUCAAUUGUUGAAGAAACAUCCGAUGUAGAUGUGAAUGAAAUGAAUCAUCAACAAUCAAGAGAUAAAUUUAGUCAUCAAAUUCUAGAUGGAGACAUUAAGAAUUGUGACUUUCUGGGAAACUUGGAGGCAAAGUUCAAUGAAAGUGGGUAUCAUGUGUCACAGGUGAAUGAAACUAUGGAACAAAAGAUUGUUAGAAUAUCUAGAGAAUUGGAAGAGAUCAAAUUUAUUCAAAAUCAAGAAAAUUCUAAAGGGGUAGAACGGGAAAAAAUUGAUAAUUUAGUGGGAAUAUUAGAAAAUGUUAAAUUACAAAAGGAAGGAGUGGAUAAUAAUAAUCAUAUUAAUGAUCAGUAUAAUAAAAGGAUUAAGGGGGUAUUUGAGAUAACGUCAAAGAUAUUGAAUGAGAAACAAAAUAAUACCAAUACACAAUCUUCUAAUAAACAAUCCACUGAUUCUCAUAAUAAUACCACAUUAUUAGAAAUUGAGAGUAAAAUAAAUCAAUUAGAAAAUUAUUUAGGAGUAUCAUUUAAAGAAAUUGAAUCUGGGUUAUCAAUUCAAGAACAGAUCAAUGAUCUUCAAAGAAAGGUAAAUUUGAUAUAUAAUCCGGAAUAUCAUUUGAACCAUGUCAAACAAGAAUUGGAUCAACUCAAUAAUAAGAUGGAAUCAUACUAUAAAAAUCGUCGAUUAUCUCAAUUAAGUUCAAAUAAAUCAAUGGUCCCCCCUUUAGAAAAUGAACAAAUUUUAACAAAUGAGAAAAUUGAACAAUUGUAUACAAAAUUGCCAGAAUUUGAAAAAGUUGCAAAUAUAUUGCCACAUUUAUUGGUACGUUUAAAAUCUUUAAAUCAUGUACAUAAUGAUCUUGGUGGAUGUGUGGGCAGUAUUGGCCAAUUGGAUCACGUCUUACGGGAUCUCAAAUUGGAUAUGAUGAAAUGGGACACCAAUUUAACUCAAAUAAAUGAACAAUUGGAUGCAAAUGGAAAGAUUUUUGAAGAUAAUAAGAAAGAUAUUGAAGAAUGGUUAGAUGAUUUAGAGAAAAGAGUUGGGAAAUAG